CUCAAGCUCCCUUAUCGCUUCCUUCCCGCUCCUUCGCGAAGGAAAUGGUUCUGCUGGCGCUCGUCGUAUCGGCCACCAGGAUCGCCGGAGUCCUGGUGGUGACCAUCGUCGCCGCCAACGCCUUAUCCUUCUCUCGAUACCGGUCGAAGAACCUCCGCCCCUUUUGCUCUCCGAUCGACGAGUCCGCCGAUGUCCUCGCUGACUUCAGCGUCCUCCCCCCGGAAGUGGAAACAGAGCGAUUCUUCUUUGGGUUGGCUACAGCACCAGCACAUGUUGAGGACAAUCUCAAUGACGCUUGGCUUCAGUUUGCAGAGGAACAAUCACCUGCUAUUGCAACACAUAUUGAGCAGCAGCCAGUGGAUUCCUCACUUGCUUCUGCUAGUGGUGAUAGUGGUUCUCAGCAAGGCUCUUUAGCUAGAGAUGAAAAUCAAAAGACAGGUGCCUUGGGCAUUAAGAAGCCUCUUAAGAUUGCUAUAGAGGCUAUGAUCAGAGGCCUUGAAAAAUUUUCAGAAGCAGAACAGUUGAAUGCUGAUCCAGAAUUCCACCCUACUGUUGCUUCUUGGCAUAAUGUGCCUCGCCCGAAAGAGAGGUUGCGAUUUUGGUCUGAUCCUGACAUUGAGUUGAAGCUUGCCAAAGAUACCGGAAUCAGUGUUUUCCGGAUGGGAAUAGAUUGGGCAAGAAUAAUGCCAAGAGAACCAAGACAAGGAAUUAGUGAUUCAGUUAAUUUUGCUGCAUUGGAGCGCUACCGAUGGAUCAUUGGAAAAGUUCGCUCUUAUGGAAUGAAGGUUAUGCUCACUUUGUUUCAUCACUCGCUUCCUCCUUGGGCUGGAGAAUAUGGAGGAUGGAAAUUGGAGAAAACUGUUGACUACUUCUUGCAAUUUACCAAGAUCGUUGCUGAUCGAGUAGCUGAUUUGGUGGACUACUGGGUUACAUUUAAUGAGCCUCACAUCUUUGUAAUAUUAACUUACUGUGCUGGUGUCUGGCCUGGUGGUAAUCCUGACAUGAUUGAAGUAGCCACAUCUACUUUGCCUACUGGUGUUUUUAAGCAAGCGAUGCAUUGGAUCGCUGUUGCUCAUGUAAAGGCCUAUGAUUGUAUCCAUGGAACAGAGUAUUAUACAAUGAGCCUUGUCAAACCAAAUGUUGGUAUCGCUCACCAUGUCUCUUUUACUCGACCAUAUGGCCUCUUUGAUGUUGCUGCUGUUACACUGGCUAAUUCUCUCUCGGUCUUUCGCUUCGUGGAUGACAUUUGUGAUCAGCUGGAUUUCAUAGGGAUCAACUACUAUGGACAGGAAGUAAUUUCGGGACCUGGUCUGAAGCUGGUGGAUGACGACGAAUACAGUGAAUCCGGUCGGGGUAUCUACCCCGAUGGCUUAUUCCGAAUCCUCCUCAUGUUCCAUGAGAGAUACAAGCACUUAAAUCUGCCAUUCAUUAUCACUGAAAAUGGAGUUUCUGAUGAGACUGAUUUGAUUCGGCAGCCAUAUUUACUGGAGCAUUUGCUGGCGGUAUAUGCAGCCGUGCUUACAGGUGUUCGUGUGCUUGGUUAUCUGUUCUGGACAACUUCAGAUAACUGGGAAUGGGCCGAUGGAUAUGGUCCUAAAUUUGGGCUCGUCGCAGUUGAUCGUGCCAAUAACCUUGCACGUAUUCCCCGACCCUCGUAUUACUUAUUUAAAAAGGUGGUGGAGACAAGGCAGGUAACAAAGGCGGAGAGAAUGCGUGUGUGGAGCGAACUCCAGCUCGCUGCCAGAGAAAAGAGAACACGACCAUUCUACCGUGCUGUUGACAGGCGUGGACUUAUGUACGCAGGAGGUCUAGAUGAACCUACUCAGCGAGCUUACAUCCAAAGGGACUGGAGGUUCGGCCACUAUGAAAUGUCUAGUUUACAGGACCCCGUCAGCCGCACUUGGAGGUUCAUUUCCAGAACAUUCUCGAGCAGGAGAAAGGCACAAACCGAGGAGGUGGAUGAUCAACUUCUCCUACCCGAUGCCGUUUAACUAGUAGUGAAUGGAAAAGGCAAGGUCAAAUUCUCAAUAUUAUUUGAAAAUUCCAAAGUCUUUCUCACUGUACCGUAGUAUUCAUCUUCUUUCUUUCUUUUUUUUUUUUCAAACUUGUCAGUUGAUAAACAACAUAAGCAAAUGUGAAAUUUCUUUAAAAAUGUGAAAUUGUUGAAUUUUCAGUC